AUGAGUAAGUUCCGAUGCCCUUAUCUCCGUUUACCUGAUUUCUCCACCCUCAUUUCUAAGAUUUUCAUCAGAAAUCUGUGGAGCCACCUCGUGUUCGCUUUGCCUAAUGCGAUAUAUCACUGCAGAAAUGCACGAAAAUAUCAGAAGAACUGAAUAUUUAUAAAUAUCAAUAACUUAUGCAACUGUGAUUGUUUAAACCAAUGUCUUUCAAUUAUUAUUCCCGCACUCGUGCUUGUCACAUGUUCACGCUGCCGGUGCUUCCUCUUGUUUUAUAGUCAGCCGUGCAUUUAAGCGUAAGUCCGCAUACAAACUCAUAAACCGUCGUUAUUGUUCGGUGGACUGGGCAAUUUUUUUGGUUGUUUGCGAGACUCCUGACCUGUCCAACACCUCACACAAACAUUUUUAUGCAUAUGACACCUGAUAGCAAUUAGUCGCCCUGGGCUAGACACUUGCCAGCCUGUUUGACUUGCGGGCUAGUGCAGGGCUGGUAACCUGACUGGCUGACAGUGCUCGGUCCGUGCGAUGAAAGGAGCUUUUCUGCUACGCCCCCCCCCCCCUUUGAUGCUCGCCCGAGUGCAUUGUGAAGGUCACGCCUGGGAGUCCCUUUGCGCGUACGCACGCACUUUGUUUGGAAUUUAGGCCCGUCUGUCGACUUAAGUCGCCUCGGGCUACAACUCCCUCAACUCUCCCGAGAAGGCGCGUCAACCUACUGUUCCCGUGUGGACACUAGGAUUGCUGAAAAAAAUCCAGUCGAUCGCAACACUAGCCCGCGACCGGGCUAGCCCUGGACGAGUAGAAUGUUACCAGGGACGUGAAUCGGCACGCUUCUCGCUGUCUUAACCGGCGCCAUAAUGACGUUUCUGUACCACAAAGUGCUAAUAAAUUGUUUAUUAUAUGCGUACCGCGGGGUUAAAAUUACCGAUAACUUGCCGCUGUCUGGGCCUGAGCUAAGAUCCCCGUGUGCAUUUUUUAUAUUUUUAGACGCAUGUGGAGUUCGCGGCAAAUAACUGUACUCUCAGCAGUAACGGCCUCUCUAAUUUACAUCUGGUCCCGAUAUCAUAAAAAGAAAAGGUCCGAGGAGGUGACUCAAUCUAUUAAGGUAGGCCUAUGCAUGGUUUAGGUUUGACUUUAUUGGCCUUUACAUGGUCGUGGUGCGUUUUGCUUAUUCACGUUAAUCUUAUUUGAUGUGCCCACCUAGCCGUCCAGUGUUCCAAAGUUUUCUUAAUCCACUAACCCGUGACAUCUUUGCCAUGAUGCUGUCACCAUGUGAUUCUUAAAUGGCCAAGUAAAUAUUUUGCGCUUGUUUUUGUAGGAAAAAGGGCACUGGGACAGGUGCAUUACUUUUUGACCUGAUUUUAACAACCUGAGGAAUUUUGGGACUGUUUUCCCUUGUAUGUAAGUAGAAACUAUGGCCUGAACUUUAUCUGUUUUUGUCAUUCAUGGCUGUCUGUAACGGUGCUGGACAGAAAGUCUGAAUCAGGUACACAAAAGUGAGCACUCAAUUCCCGAACGUUAAAGUUAAUUCGCUUGUAGCCCAUGCUAACUCAAUUUCCCUUGCUUCUUUUCUUCGACUUAUGCUUAGCUCGACGUCCAUAUGGGCGGUUCGGUAUCCGAUCUACCCCGAGAUUGACAGACGACUCGCGAAAGCCACUUGUCUACAAGGCUCCCGAGCGUUAGCAGAACGUACGUCGGUGCAGUGGGUCGUAGGUCGCGCUGAUAGUGCAUUAGUUAGCAUUUCGUGCGUUCGUGAUCCUUCCGUAUACUUGAACGUAUCAGGAAUCACGUUGUACGUGGUCAUGUAGUUAGUGUGGUAAACUGACGGCCAACCGACUAAGCCGGUCGUCACAGCACCUUUUUCAUCAGCUAUGUGCCUUCGUUUGUCGGGUGGUAGCUACUGUGCCGUUAUCCACGAAUAUUCUGGUGUUCUUAAAACCGAAAAAACAAGGAAAUUUAGCUUGGUAUUUCACUUAAAAAGAGCCUAAUGAUAGACAGUAUAAAACUUUGCCUAAGUUAUUUCGGUCUCCAUACGUCUCGAUACUUUGUGGUAACGCCUUAGUUUGAGACAAGUUACAGACUUCCUUGGUGAUGCGUCGCAUGUGCCUCAGAAGUCUCGUCUAUCCGGUUUAACGGCCUGACUUCUUGUGACAAGUGGUACUGGGAUUUACUAGUUACUGUAGCCAUUGCAUGUCACGAGCAUCUUGGACGCACCGGACGAAGGGAGUUAAGUCUAGUUGUUCUUACAGUAUAGAUUUUGAGGUCCUCCCAGAUAUCUUAAAAUAGUCAAUUUAAAUGCUAAGAAGUGCUUACUCGAACGAUUGAAGCCCUUCUGUAGACAGGUCUGCGAACGUUACAGACUGCUCUUGCAAGUCGAAAGCUGCGCUUUGUCCAGAGGUCCCAAGUUCCUGUCCGCAGCAUACCCAGUUGUUACUCUGAUUCGUUUCUACGAUGCCUCUCUUUUUACAUGUAUCAGAAAACAUCCCAAGGAAGUGCUCGACCUUCCCAGAACCCAUAAUGCAGUACAGCUGAAGGGCUUACCUGUGUCACCGUUCACUUGUCCCCAGAAUCUCUUCCGGUAUUCGCGGGUUACUAUAUUACCAUUAUAUCAACCUAUGUCGUCGUCCCGUCUUCGCCAUCGUCUUUUCAAAUUAGUGUCGAUGUCCUCCCUUAACGUCAUCGUAAGACCGUAUUCUGUUAUCACAGAGCGAUUAUGAAUCCACCAGAAUGCAUGUGUCUGAGUUGGAGGUGAUUGUGAAGAGCCAACAGCAUUGGUAUCCGCUCAGGCAUGCUGCCGGCUUCAAAAUACACAUUAGCUGGUCUGUAAGACCACGGGGCGUGCUCUCCCAGCCCAUCUUCAGAACAAGCUUUGAAAACUAAUAUACUGUAAUUCUCCUGUGGGCGAUCUCGGUCUAUCCUCCUUGACAAUACCUAUUAGGUCAUACCAUUAUAGCAUUCUCAACAGGAGUCGAGAGGCAUAUUUCGUCACACAUUCGUUGAGAGCGAUCUACCAUCUAAUGAUUAAAUUUCCACGGCGUGUCUACGCCGUCAUCCAUGUAGUUACCAUUUAUUGGAAGAACACCCUAUUGUCACAGUACUCUUGUUUGGCUUGCCAUACAUUAAACCGACUUACUAGCAAUUCAGUCACACUAAUUUGAAGCCUCUCACUUGCGUCCUUAUCAAGUUUCUCCCUCUGUUAACUUCUCACUGUACGAGACAUUUAGCAAACUCAAGUUUCAAUUGAAAAAUUAGUAAAGACUACGAAAAACGCUCGCACGCAGCUUUUACUUGAGAACUUGCAGAAUAACGCACACGUGUGCGCGCCCACACAAGCGCAACUUAUGGCUGUCGGUUAUCUGAUUUUCUCUAGCUCACCAUAGUAAUCGUGGUCGAUACCGAUAAAUCAGCUGUCAGCUAUUUCUGAUGACGCUACGUCCCCAGGUGCCGACGAAGACUCGCCGCUUUCAACUGUUAGAAGGAUCAAGAGUACAUUCUCAGUAUUCGGCACAUUUCCUUUUUCUGGGUGUCGGGUAGUCUUAUUCAUUGCAGAACCAAAUGCCUCCUUAACUUUCGCCGAGCCGUUCUAAACACAACGACUGUAAAUCGGUUUGCUGGUUGCCAUUUUAUCUUACCUUACACCUUUGUCAUAGAUGGGAAUUUCUUCGUAACCGAUACUGCCGCACAACGCCUAAGUCUUGGUGCACAAACUGUGAUCUAUCAAAUACGAGAGCUCUGCUCCCAUUCUUGCCCGCCAUGCUGCGAUACAAAGUGCGCGAGCGCUUACUAGACCUAGUGUCGGUAUCAAAUCCCAUGUAUAUAGGGCAAUCAAUGAUUUCGGGAGUUGCGUUUGUCUUCAGGAGGACUUACGACGCAAGAAUCUUUAGUCGCUUUUUCAUAGCCCGAUAGCCGGUAACGUGCGUCCGCUAAUGCAUGAAACCACAACUAUCUUUCGCAGUCAACAUGUAGUCGGCCUGUCCUAUUGCAGUCUGACUUUCUAGGCAGUGAAAUGUCGUUGGAUAGUUCCAGAUUAUAUAUGAUAAUCAUAUUCGCCCUAGCCAUUAAAAAGCCCUGAUAAAUGCCCAUGCAGACGUCUUUCUCCCUGGCGGACUCCGUGAGUCCCUCGCUCAACUGUUUCACCUGCCCCUACACUUCCGGUCUUUGCGAUACAUGCAUUCUUGUUUUAUUUCAGUGUGUACAAGAAAGCACGCUACCAGGCGAGUUCACCGAAAUUGUCGAAGUAAGCAAGUAUUUCCAAGUUAUUUAUUCCCUAGGACCUCUCUUGUCUACCCGAAGCAGAGGCUCAAACUACUUUGUGCGGAGAGACUGACAUCCAGGUAUGUCUUUUCUUUUAAUCCUUCAUUUUCAGGCCCCUGUGAGCAUAAUCAAACUCGACACGCAGCUGUGUGAGCAGUCGGCUGCCCCUCACGAAAAUAUAAUUGAGGAAACCAUCCUCCCUCAACACGUUGCUGCAAUGUCUUCGGUCCCCGACAGCACUGUAAAGGGUCUGGCUGCCCUUUCUAUGUCUGACAACCCCGAAGCGAACGUGAUUAGCACCGUCAACCAUGAAGACUGUGACAUGUCUGGUUCUGACAUGUCAGAAGAAGUUAUUACCCCGAACAGCUCUCGUACCGAGUCUACUGAGGAAGGCAAACCCUAUGAAUUUCCCGAGGGCAUCUUCGAUGACCCAGACCAUGACAUUGUCGAGGAUUCCCCGGAAGUUUUGGGUGGCAAAAAAAUACCAAGAGUCCUUGUCCCGAGCGAUCUUUGGGCUGAAGCUGUUGAGAAGGAUACGUGGCGCGAGACCUUUUAUGUCCCCGCAAGUAUGGGUGGUGUCUUGAUCGGUCGUUUCGGAAAGUAAGCCUUAUUUUGCACCUCACCUAUUCUACAGAAAUGUCCGUGAAUUGAAAAAUCAGUGGAAUGCUGAGUUCUCCCUUAACAUGUGCCCUGGAAGGCAGGACACUCUUCUACUGAAACUUUCCUGUCCCAUAGAGUAUAAGGAAAAUGUCAUCCACUGGAUCACCAGUAGGUUCAAAAUGCGCCCAUCGCAGACAACCAUUGGCAAUCCCAACCAAUUACGGGUAAAUAAUCCGAACUGACCUUUUUUCUUCGUAAUACUGCAUCCUGUGUGCUCUGGUCAAUACGCAGUUGCCAGCAAACCGCCAACGUCGGCUGUGUUUUGUGGUGUUUUUGAGCUUCCUUUUGUAGCAUUAACGCUCGGAUAGUCUGUGUCCUUUCAAAUUUUGUCCCUUGUUCGGUGCAUCGAUUUAUACCGACCGGUCUUUAAUUGCAGACAUAAUUAGUGGAAGGCUUAACCGCAAUCGGCGUGACUGAAUCAACCUUCCAUGAUAUUGGUUCUAAAAUUACUUCCUCAUUAUGCAUGUUUAAGCGACUUCAGAAUGCCUUGAGUUCAUAUUGGGUAUACUUGUCAAGUUUAUUGACGGGCUGGAAGCUAUCGCGGUGCGCUAAAAGUCGUGGCUUAAAAGAUUGCCAACUGACGGGAUAACUUGGACGUCGCAGUCGACCGUGUGUUUGUUUGGAGUGGCCGACUGCUGGUCUGCGAGGCAGGCUGCAAUGGCUCCUUAAUGUAGCCUUUGUGGCACUCCCACUCCGUGGGAUCGGAGCCGGACGUGGCGGCACGCUUAGGUGCGGCUUCGGCGGUACCAGCCAUCAUUCUGUUUGUAAUUUGUCAAAAACCUGGUCAUUUGUUGUGUGGACCAGGGGGUGUGGUGGAACGCCAAGGUGAGGAUCCGUCCGAGCCAUUCACCUACGCCCUCCCACGUCUCCGGUCUUCUUGACUCUGUCUUGACACCGGGUCCAUGUGGGGGAGGGGGAGAGAGUUGGGUAGAUGCUGCGCAAGUCACCUUACCUGCUCUGCCUUGCUGCGAAUCACACGGUGGACAUCGUCGGAACCGGCGGUCGAACUAUCAGGUAGAUCACAUCCCGUCCAGAGACUACUAUUAAAGCCGAGCCGCUUAUCUGACCUAGUCGACAAUCUCGUUAACUUCUCAUACUUGCGUUUAUACUGAUAUGAGCACUACUUUAGCCUACUGCGAUCCAGACUGUAACACGUUUUAAUGUGUCCCUACAGUUUGAGUUUGGCCCCCGGCAAAGUAGCUGUGAUCUACUGUCUUUCACUGUUCCAACUUGUUACACCAAUAUCAAUCGGGCUGCGGUUCAAGCAGGAUGGCAAUGUUCAUCCUCCAGCUGAUGGAUGCUGCGAGCGAACCGUCUUAAGCCGUGAUUUUUCGCGGCCACCUGCAGCGCUCCAGACCGAUGAUAAAGUUUCACGCCCAAGUCACCACCUGCGGUUUCUUUCAAAGGCGGCAAUUGUCAACCGUCUCGAAGUGUUACAGGUCCGCAGCCCUAAGGCGUGUUUUGCAGUCAACUCUUACUAGCUUCGACGGUAGUUUAUGACACCCGGGCUUUAGUCUCCUGCCAAAGCUCGUUCCCAAAUCGUAAGUACUCCUGAAAACGGCGGAACACGAUACGUGCCAAUUGUAUGUCCCGAUUUACUGUCUGUCAAAAUUGUUGCCAAUGUCAUAGACAAGUAGAAUAUAUGUUCAAUUGCCUUAAGAUGUUUAACGUGAAGCUAAUUAGCAAUAAUUAGCCUUAUGAGCUUUUAGAUUUCAACUCACCCUGGGAGUCCAGCGACUCCGUAUUCUAUGGCGGACUGCGUUUCCUUCAGAGAUUUCAAACAGAUCUAAAACACCGCAGUAUGGGCGUUUACCGACUCUGUUACGUGACAUGUUCGUCCCGUAACGGUGGACGCCCAUGCUACGGCAUUAAAUAUUCCCUAUCUUAACCGACAGGACAGCGGGCCCAUGACUCCAUUAUAGUCCGCCAGGCUUGUAAAUGCCAAAUGACCAAAGAAUCUGGGUCCGAAUCGCAAGUUCUGUAAAUGCGGGGUCGGGUGUGACUGGCGACGGUUUCUAAGUCAGAAAUGGCCAUCCAUACCUCAUGUCUUUGUCGGUAACCCUCCCUCAUCAUCACUGAACCUGGAACAUGCUGCCGCAUGCUUGUCAAGCUCUGUGACCGAAACGGUGCAUGCCGCUUGGUUACAAUAAAGUGAUAAGACGGCGUCUCCUUGGCGGGCACCAGCCUUGUCAUCCCAGUCCUCGCCCGUUUACCGUUUAUCGGUUUCAGUAACGUACUGCCAGCCUUCUUUCGAGGAACACUUCUGUUAUUCAAUUCAAGCGUUGUGCACAAGUAAAGAUAAGUAAAAUGGUCCUCUAAUGAGGAUUGUGUUGCCGUUUUAUCAUAAUUUCAUUCACCCAACUCCAAUCAACAGUCUCGAUGCUACCGUAGACCACUUUGCCUGGUAAACCUGAGAAUUUCUUAUGACGGAUUUUAGCGUACUCUACCACUCGGUGAUGUCACGCCAGUCCGUGUUCGGAGUCUUUAUGGACUGAAGGAGUUUUUCGUCACUAUAAAGGACAAGGAGUUCGACCGCUACGUGGCCAUGCAGGAGGAGCUUGACAAAGACUACGCCUCCCUGAACAGUUCCAGGAUGCAGCUUUAUGAGCCAGUUACCUCGGGAACUGUAGCUGUGCUUCCACACAAUUUCGGAUUUGCACGUGCGUUAAUUCUAAAGGUCCUCCUGACCUGGCCGCGUCAGGCUGUUUGCUUCCUUCUGGACCACGGCACCUUUGGUGUUGUUGCUCUCUCAGAGCUACGCAAGAUCAAGUAGGUUCUUGACCCCUUUUAACAUGCAAUCCACUUGAUAUCUGGCGGGUUCCACUCAACGUUAUCAAUCACCCGUAAUCCAUGCACAUGGCCUGUUUUUUCUGUUGGGGGAGGGGAGGGGGAUUACUUGCUAGCCAAACAGUGUGCUGACGACCCACUCCUGUAUCACUCACUAAGUCUUUUGCCGUGAGUUCUCGGCCAUCUUUCAAACUAAGUUUGUUGAAUGAAGGCCUGUCAGCAGCUAGUUCGGUAAUCUGCCGCGACCGAACAAUAAGUGAACUUUUAACCAUGACCGUCAAUAUUUCUGUCGUUCUCGACUAACACGGUUGUUUGGAGGUAUUCGCUGAUUCCUAACUUUGGGAACCUCGGUUUUGUAUGGGUUUUGUCGACUGAUCGUGUAGUAUAUUGAGUACGAAUAAGCUCUUUGGUACAUUGCUCUUUAAGUUCAAAACAACCAGGUGGUUUUCUGUCCUGGUCGUCGUCACUCUGCCGCUAUACUUUUUAACACGCAGCAGUAAAAAAGAGCGUCGAUGCUUAUCUCAUGUGUCCGUUAAACUUAGUAGGUCGCGACCCUGAGCCUUACGUCAACGCUUUGAAGGGUUUGGACAUGUGGCCUCCAUUCAUGCUCCUAAGUCGAAACUAACGGCGACAUAGCCACAUUUUCACUCUAACACUUUCCCGCAUUUUCCGUAUUAACUUACCGUGUGGUAUUGAGAUUUCGAACCCAUUUUGGAUGAUAGUAGACAGCACUUCGGAUUUGUUCGUACUUCCUAGAUGUUUUGGCAGAUUUUGAAUGGUUCAUAUUGACCCAACUGUAGAAGAAACUCGGUGCUUCGGUGGGAUUCGAACCCACGACAGCAAGGGGAAGGCCAACGCUCUAGCCGCAUGAGCUAGAGCGUUGGCGUGGGUUUCUAAUCCCACCGAUGCGUCGGGUUUUUUACAGUGGGGUCAAUAUGAAUUGUUUGUAAUUGAUAGCGUACUUUUCUGCGUUUCUCCCGUCCCCCAUUGCUCCUUUGAAAGAUGCAGUGUUAUUAUAUGCGGUGUCAUGAAGCAACCCUUAGCAGUGCACGCAAAACGUGGUGAGUUGACGUUGCCAGAUAAAAUUACCUUGACAUCGAACAUAACUUCUCCUUCGGCUCCGUUUUGCCAUUGCGUAUAAGUGUACUAAUUUUGUGUUUUAGAGCGAAGUACAUGAGAGUUCCCUUCCAGGCGAUUCAUGUGAGUUGGGCCCACGCCUUGCCUGUUUACUGCGACGUACCGGAUCUGCAUAUUCUCCGUACCUUCUUUUCUUCGAACAAAACUUAUGCUUACGCCGUCCGAAGGGAAACCUGCUGCAGGGCUUCCGUAGCCUUUCUCGAACAGGUAUCGGACAAAAAGCCACCUUCAUACAUUGACAAGCUGGCUUUGGCUUGCCAAAGUGGACUGUACAUGGUCAGUCCUCUGGGUCUAUUCCCGAGCCGCCAGAUGUGGGUGAACCGAACUAAGACGCCCUAUUACCCAUGCCCACAUAGUGAGAUUGACUACACUCAACUUGUUGAAUAUUACUCCGACGAGUCAUAUGGCGCACCGCAGCCCCUCGCAACUGGCCAGUCUCAAAACAUGCCCGGCAAGGAAGUUAAACCACUCAACAGCAACAAUGCAAACCGCGCCCCUAACAAUACCGGCAGAGGCCGAGGCUUCCGUAGAUUUGCCGGACAAGCGCGCCGAUUUCGGGCCCCCGGCAACGCCAACCAAAACACUAGUCAGGCUGGUGAGCCUGUAGGAAAGGUUACACGUAGCAGUUCAGAGGCCAAACCAAAACAGCAUCAACAACAGACUGAAACGGUCGACGAACAGUCUCGGAAAGCCAAACCCUCGAACAACGCGGGCCGCAAGACUUAUGCCCAAAAGCGCACCAACCAACCCAAUAAAGCAUCGACCCCAGCAUCUGCACCAUCGUCCUCGACACAGAAGGUUUGUGAGCCCACCGAGAAGCACCGAGAGCAGACCCUUGUCACGUAA